AAGUGCUCCCCUCUUUUCGAUUUCCCUUUUUCUCUCUCUAAAAAACCGCACUCUCUCUCUCUCUAUCUAUAAAUAUUUAUAUUUGUAUAAAAUAGUCUUCGAUUUAUUUUUUAUUUGAAAGGCCUUGUAAUCUUCGAUUUCUGUCUUUUAAAACUUUUGAUUUUCUCCUCUCUCUACAAAAUUGUUUUGCCUCUCAAAGAUCCCUUUUUUGUUUCUUUUGUUUUUGGUGACUGUUGGUUCAUCUGUGCUCGUGCUGGUAAAACUAGGGUUCCGUCAGCUCUGUCAAUAGAUUACGAUUUCUCUCUCAAAACGUUCCAGGGCUCUAUAAGGAUACUAUUGGCAGGAUCGUUCAGGCUUGGCGCCGUGUUUUUGAAUUUUUCCGUUUGGUUUCUAGGUUUAGGAUGGUGUGAAUUUGAAUUGGAAUCUGGGGAUUUUAUUUGAAGGUCUUGAUUCUAGACAGAGAAACAAUGGCGUCUGCAGACAAAGAGCUUGCGGAACAGCUCAUGGAAGCUGGGAAUAGGCUUCUUGAGGAGGCUUCUUCGGUCGACGAGCUCCUUCCUUUGCUCGACCAAGUUGAGAAUUUUCUAUCAAGGGUGGAACAGUCACCAUCCAAAUCUAUGCAAACUGCACUCGCUCCAUCAUUGAAGGCAUUGGUUGCAGACAAACUUUUAAGGCAUUCUGAUACUGAUGUGAAAGUUGCAGUUGCCUCGUGCAUCAGUGAAAUAACAAGAAUUACAGCACCAGAUGCUCCUUAUAAUGAUAAUGAGAUGAAGGAUGUCUUUCAGCUAAUUGUAUCAUCCUUUGAAAAUCUACCUGACAAGUCCAGUCGAUCUUAUAAUAAGAGGACAUCGAUACUUGAAACUGUAGCCAAGGUCCGGUCAUGUGUGGUCAUGUUGGAUCUAGAAUGUGAUGGGCUGAUUAUUGAGAUGUUCCAGCACUUCUUAAAGUCAAUUAGGGAUUAUCACCCAGAGAACGUCUUUUCAUCCAUGGAGACAAUUAUAACUCUUGUACUGGAAGAAAGUGAAGAUAUUUCACUAGAGCUGCUCUCCCCCAUCCUAGAAAGUUUAAAAAGGGACAAUAAGGAAGCUUUGCCAAUUGCUCAGAAAUUGGGGGAGAGAGUGUUUGAAAACUGUGCAUUUAAGCUUAAACCUUACCUAAAAGAAGCUGUGAAGUCCUUGCGCCUUCAUUUAGAUGAUUAUAGUAAAGUUAUUGCUUCUAUAUGCGAAGGAAAAGGUGCUGUUGAGCAUAAUGAUGACAAUGUUUUUGGAGAACAGCUGGCAGAUGGAGGCAAAUUGGCUAGGACAUCGUUAGAAGAGUCAGCUCAGGCUGAUGUGGGCAAGGUGGCUACAGCAUCUUCGGAUGAGGCAGGCCAGGUGGCCAAAGAGAGUAUGACGGAGGCGGCGACUGCUCCUGAAGACGUUAAUCCUUCUAAGGACAGGUCUCCGAAAUCGGUGAUGAGUAAUGGUGCUGCAGAGACUGGGAAUGAAGGCACUUCUGUGAAUCCAGAGUCUUUAAUGAAGCCGGAGGAUGGUCACCAUGCUAAUAAGUCCAUCAAUGUUGAUGAAACAAGCGAUGUUGAACCUGUUGAUUCGGAUGCUAGGAAGGUAGAUAUAUCAGAGGUUAAGCAAGAACAAACUGCCAAGAGAAGAGGAAGGAAACCUAGCUCUUCAAAAAAACCUUCUGACACUCCUCAAGUUGAUAGUGAGAAAGAAACUGAGAGACUUCCAGACCGUAGAGGAAGUCGUAGCAAGGAAGUUCAUAGUUCAACUAGCAAGGACCCGUCUGUUGAGGCAGCUGUGCCUUCAGAAAAUGAAAAAGAAACUGUUAUUGAGCUUUCCUCACCGAAAGCAGUAGAUGGUGAUUCUGUAAAUGCUGCUAAUCCAUCGCAAAGUGGGAGCCUUCCUGAUGAGAAUCGUCCGAAAAAGCUUGGUAGGCCAAAGAAGAAAGGAAAGUUAAGUCAAAAAGCUUCACCAUCUACUGCUGAUAGUUCUAUCAAGGCAUCUGAAAGGACAAGUGAUUCAGAAAUAAAAUCACAGAAACGCUCAAGGACAAAGGCACAUACUGGAUUUGCUAAUGAGGAUAAGACUUCAGCACCAAUAGAUACGUCCAAGAAUGAAGGUGAGGCCACCAGUGAUUCAGAGGCGAAACUGAAGGAGUUAGGUAAGAAGAUGGAUGCAAACAAUAAUAUUGAUGGAUCCCCAUUAAAGGAGGACGGGAAACGCCGUGGACGGGGAAAGGAUGUAAUGAAAUCCUCUGCUAAGGAUGAAGGUGAGGCCACCAGUGAUUCAGAGGCGAAAGUGAAGGAGUUAGGUAAGAAGAUGGACGCAAACAAUAAUAUCGAUGGAUCCCCAUUAAAGGAUGGGAAACGCCGUGGACGGGGAAAGGAUGUAAUGAAAUCCUCUGCUAAGGAUGAAGGUGAGGCCACCGGUGAUUCAGAGGCGAAACUGAAGGAGUUAGGUAAGAAGAUGGACGCAAACAAUAAUAUUGAUGGAUCCCCAUUAAAGGAGGAUGGGAAACGCCGUGGACGGGGAAAGGAUGUAAUGAAAUCCUCUGCUAAGGAUGAUGACAAAAAAAUUGUUUCUUCUCCGAGGUCUACCAGAAAGUCGGCUAAAGAUGAAGGCCACUUAGAGGAAACCCCUAAGACGAAUUCAAAGAGAAAGCGUACUCCCCAAAUUGAAAAAGCAUCUGAUACAGUAGAAUGUGAUGAGAAUCUGGUUGGUUCAAAGGUCAAAGUUUGGUGGCCAGAGGACAAAAUGUUUUAUGAAGGUGUUAUUGAUACUUUUGAUUCUGUUAAAAAGAAACAUAAGGUUCUAUAUCGUGACGGUGAUGAAGAAGUAUUAAAUCUUAAAAAGGAACGGUGGGAGUUGAUCAGUGGUGAUUCUGACUCUGUGGAAGACGGGGAACAAGAAACUGAACAUCCAAGUCCUGAUGCUUCCUCUGACAGGCACAGAAAAAAAAAGGCAAAAACAAAUUCUGAUCCAUCAGCUAAGCAAGGAAAGAUGGAGGUUUCACCCAAAAGGGGUGGAGCUUCAUCCAGCAAAUUGAAAGGUGCAGCUGCAAAAUCUAGUCGUAAACCGAGAGAUGAUGGUAUAGUCGAUAACAAAAAGAAAGAUAACAGUGGUACAUCUGAGGACGAUGCCAGUGGUACAUCUAAGGAUCAUCCUCGAAGUGGUAAAUCUGUUGUUGAUGCCUCUAAAAGAGCCAGAAAAUCCAAAGACGAUGGUGGCACACCAAAGACAAAUGCCAAGUCCAAGCAUGACACCCCAAAAUUUGUCCCCAAAGAUACCCCAAAAAGUAUCACCAAAGGCGCCCCAAAAAAUGCCACCAAGUCCAAUGCAAAAUCAUCCAAGAGUGGCAGCAAGCCCAAUGUUAAUGGUACUGGCAAGGUAAAAUCUAGUUCGGUGAAGGUGAGAGGAACUGAGGAUGAGAAGGGAAAAUCACCUGAGCUAUCGAAAACACCAGAAAGUGCAAAGGGGAAGAAGUCACUGAGUGCAUCAAAAUCAAGAGAAACCGGGGCAAAGAGUGGAAAAAAGCGCAGGAGGAGGGGUUAAAAGCUAAUAUUUAACUCAUCUGCUUCCUGUUUACGCUGUUAAGCAGUCGUCUUUUCAGCUGCAUGCCUACCAACCUUUUGUUAAGGUUCCUCCCGAGGUUGAAGUUAGCAGCAAGCCAUGCAUUUGGUUUUUGUAAUCUUAUUUGACAUAGUUCCAAUAUAAUGGCUAGCAUUGUUAUAUUCCUAGGUUUUGUAGUGGGUGCUAUGGUUCAGUUAGUCUUUCUAUAUAUUCUUGUUUCUUAGAUGGCGUUUCUGUUAUUUUUUAAUACUAAGGUAGAACUAAUUUUAAGUUUA